CGCCGGGUCGGCAGUGCCCGCGAUCUCCCCCUCCCUUGAUGGCCCACCAUCCCUGCCCAGAUGGCGGCGGUCGAGGCCUCCGACCUGGAGGAGCCAUCCCCGCUGCUGCCCGAGCGGCGAGGGGGGUCCGCGCCAGCGCGAGGCGCUCGCCCGGCCGCGCUGGCGGGCGUGCUGGCAGUGGCGCUCGCUGCGCUCGCCGCAGCGCUGUCGCUGCGCGGGGCGGCCGGGGGCGCCGCUUCGAGGGCCUCCGAGGGCCGUGUUGGCCUGCUGGAGGCCUCGUCCUGCACGGGGCCGCAGGACAGACGGCACGAACAACGGUGGCAGCAACUUGGCGGAGACGGCCGCCGUGACGGGGUCCGCCGAGGACUGCUGCGCGAGCUGCCUGCAGGAGUCCGACUGCAGGGGUUAUACCUGGGUGAAGGGAUCUGGCGAGUGCUGGCUCAAGUCCUCGCUGGGAAGCUCCGAGGCCGACGGCUCCGUCGUGAGCGGCUCGGUGGCGCUCGCGGUUGCAGCGGCGUCUGGCCCCGCGCCCUCCGCGGCUGCGCCGGCUCCCGCGGUGGCCUCCGCUGAGGGUCACGCGGCGCACGGGCCCGCUGCCGCGGGGCGCAGCAAGGAGGCGGCAGCGCCAGCGAAGCGCAGGCGGCCCGUGGCUCCGACGGAGGCCCCGGCCGGCGCCGAGCAGCUCCCGUGGGCCGAGGCCAACACGAACGACGGGCACCUGAGCGACAGCAGGGCCGCGGUGUUGCUGGGCAAGACGCUGCGCGCCAGGGUGGACGUCAGCCAGGUGGGCUGCGGCUGCGUCGCGGGCUUCUUCCUCUACGAGGGCCCGCAGGAGCCGUACUGCGACGCAAGCGGCUCCUGGCCCGGGAAGGUGGAGAGGUGCGGAGAGAUCGACUUGUUCGAGGGCAAUAAGCACUCGUGGCAUUCCACGCUGCACAACAAGCUGGACCACCCAGGCCAGCAGGGCGGCUUCGGCGGCAUGCAGCAAGAGGACAUGACGUACGGUGCUGGCCCGCGAGACAUGUCUGGGGCCCACUACGGGCCUGGGGGCAGUAUCGUCGACACCGAGAGCCCGUUCAACGUGGCCAUCUCUUUCCCCAAGGGCCCUGACGGCAGCCUGGUCGACUUCGUCGUGAUGCUCUACCAGGACGGGAAAGAUCAGGCGAUCGAGUGGCGCGUGAACAAGAAGCGGGAGCGCGAGGGGAUGGAUUGCACCCGCGAGUGCGACAAUUGCUUCAGCAAGGCGGGCUGCGUGUACGGGCAGGACGACCUUGACACGUUCGCGGGCAUGCUGUCAGCUGGCAUGACCGUGCAGUCGACGUGGUGGAGCACCGACGAGCCGUGGCUUGACGGCGUCCUGGACGAGGAGGAGGGCGGCUGCAAGGUCGACCCCGGCCAGGAGGGGCAGGAGAGCUACGGGACCUACAAGGUUGCCCAUGGCGAGUGCGACGGAAAGUCGUACUCCGUGGACAGCUGGACUCUGGAGGACGUGCAGGAUCCCGGCGAGGACUGGGCGGCGGUGCUGGAGGCCAUGGACGCGUCGCCCGUCGUCAGCAAGAGUUGAGUCUCCUCCUCCUCCUCCUCGUCCUCCUCGUGCUGGAGCUGCGUCGCCCGUUUGGGCAGCUCCUCGCCACCACGGCCGACCUGCCCAGGUGAAGUGCGGUCCGCAGCACGGCCCCGGGAUAGGUCAGGUGGCCGACCUUGUGGCCCCGAAGCCCGGGCCAAUCUGCGUCCUCGCGCCGUGAGCACGUGACGGCGGGCGGAUUUCGGCGAUCUUCGUCCUCCAGGUGCCCUUGCCGGGGGGCCCGGGGCCGUCAAGAGACGACGCGGGACGAAGAAUGGGUCGCGGCGCAGGGGUCGGUGCUUUUGGAGGCCGAUCACUGUUUUGGGAAAACCUUUUUGGACUAACUUCACCUCGUCCUGCCAGCCCUCCGAGCUGCUCCCUGUGCGAGCGCCGCGCGGAAGCUUCGGGUUCGGGCCGAUGAGUUGCUCGCGGGCUGCGGGCGCAUGGCGCAAUUUCCCUUUACAGGGACAGGAUAAUUCGAGAGCGGAGCGGAGUCGUUGCAAGGUUGCCGUUCGCACGUCGUUGGAAA